GUACUCGCGUACUCUUCUCUACAACACACAACAGCCUCUCUCUACAUUCCGUUUUCUGGUGCCCCGCUAUGGCUGAUGUGGAGAUGAAACCAACCGAAGAGAAGGUCACAGGGACAGAGACGAGCAAAGAUGAGAACGCAAAAGAUGCACCCCCUCCUCCCACCCCACUCGCAGAGAUCAAGUCUAAUGCAAUCCUCAUCGAGCGUGCGGUCUCCACCAUGGAGCCUCGCUUCACAAAUCGCGUACUACGUAACCUGACCGCACUUCGAAAACGCCUGGACGACAAAGUUCUUCGUGAUGCUAUCGUAGAAUUGUAUCCCAUCGAAUCUGUUGUCAAAAGGAAUCUCCUUUCUUGGAUACCCGAUGCUCCUGCCACAGAGCAGCCAAUGGAUAUUGACCCCGCCCCAACACCGUCGAGGUCCACAUCCCCAUCAGAACCUGUCCCCGAACUCGAGAUGUACCUCCGGCUCCUCAUAUUGUAUCACCUAUUGAAGUCGUCAAGCACAUACGGAAAAGCUAUGGAGCUUACUAGCGACACCGUGCAGAGACUGCAGUCGUUGAACCGCCGGACAAUGGAUCCAAUCUCUGCCAAGCUCUGGUUCGCCAUUGGUCGAACGUACGAGCUCGUUGGAGAGCUCGCAGAAGCCAGGCCGUUAUUCCUUGCCGCUCAGCGCAUCGCGUCUCUACGCCACGACGAUGAAACGCAGGCAUCUCUUCUGAACUGUCUGCUUCAUAACUAUCUCAAGUAUAGCCUGUACGACCAAGCCGACAUGCUCGUCUUGAAGACUACUUUUCCUGCGUCUGCUGGAAACCCGCAAUACGCCAGAUACCAUUACUACAUCGGCCGUAUUAGGGCCGUGCAGCUGAAUUACACUGCAGCACACACGAACUUGCAACAGGCCAUCCGACGUGCACCUCCAGCCAAGACCGCUCCUGGUUUCUACCAAGCAGUACACAAGCUCUUUGCUGUUGUGGAGCUGCUCAUGGGUGAUAUUCCCGAGCGCAGUUUGUUCAGGCAUCCGGUGCUUGAGAAAGCUUUGAGUGGUUAUUUCGAUAUCGUGAAAGCCGUCCGGACUGGCUCGCUCUCGCAGUUCCAGAACACGCUCUCCAAACACGCUGCGCAGUUCGAGGCGGACAAGACUUACACCCUCAUCGUACGGCUUCGGCAGAACGUCAUCAAGACUGGCAUCCGCCGGCUGUCGCUGUCGUACUCGCGCAUCUCACUCCGCGAUAUCUGCGUCAAGCUGCAUCUCGAUUCUGAGGAAGACGCAGAAUACAUCGUUGGAAAGGCGAUCCGCGACGGCGUCAUCGAGGGCCGCAUUGUCCACGAAAAGGGAUGGAUGGAGUGCGGCGGCCAGAAGAGCGCUUACGGGCCGGAAGUCAGCGAGAUCUUCUCGAGGCGGAUUGGGUACUGCCUUGAGUUGCACAAUCAGAGCGUGAAGGCUAUGCGGUAUCCCCUCAACGCGCACCGCAAGGAGCUAGCGGAUGCAGAGGGUGCGCGAGAACGUGAGAAGUCGCUCGCGAAGGGAAUCCAGGAAGGAGACAUUGACGAAGAGGAUGCUAUGGGCGGGGACUUCUAACCGCCAUCGUUUCGCACGCCUUGUAAGAUGGACAUUCAAUGAAUCACACGCUCGUUACGGGGCUAUAGUCUCCCGUAUCCUUGUCCUCGGCUCGUCCUUAGUCUUUGUGUUGUAUCAGAGCUGGCAAGACUUGUGGGGUCAAUCGGCGACCGCUGCUAUUUCAGGCUUU